CCCAUAUCUCCAUCUGGACCACGGCACGCCUGCAUAAUCAGUCAGCCACAGUAGAACCACAGAAAUGGCCCGGCCCCCCAACUUCCAAUGGGGGUCGAUAUACACCCUUCUCCAGGACAUCAGCAACAAGCAAGCAAGCUUCAAUGGCUCGCGCUAUUACUGCCUUACCGACGGCUCGUCCAUACAUGACUGUAGCAAGCAUGACACCACGAUGGAGGACCUGCCGUCGUGUGGUUGAAAGUUGACCUCCGACAAGAUGGCAUACCUGCAGGGUGUUGCUGGCACAGUGCCAUAUGAUAUAUCUCCUGCGGCUGCUCUUUUGCUCCACGUCCCUCUGAUCUUUCCCUAUGCUCCUACUCAAUCGAGCUUGUCCCGAGUUUAUUCAUCGAUAACUCUUCAUCGAGUCCAAAAUGGGUUCAGAGAAGGACUCCAACGUCGCAGCACGACCAGUCUCGUCACUUCCGGAUAUCGAAACUGACGAGGAGAAAGCCAGAAACCACAGCGAAGCCCAAGCGAAACUAGAGAGUAACCAUGAGGCUAUUGUAAAAGAGGCUCAUUGGCGACCAGGUUUCAUUGCCAGAUUCCCAUGGUUGGGAUUUGGAUGUCUACUUACAGUUCUGCUGUGUGGCGUCGGCUGUCUCAUUACCCUGAUUCUUGCUGAUGGCGUGGCACAGUGGAACUGGGGGAAUGUGGCUCCAAACGUUAUCGUCAACAUCUUGAACAGUGUAGCCAAUCUCUGUUUAGGAGUCGCGAUUACAAAUGGUAUUGCUAUUGCAUGGUGGCGUAAGACUCUCGCAGGGGCCACUAUCAGACAACUGGAUCGGUCGUGGAAGUUCAGCGAUAGUAUGAAAGAGGUGAUGCUGGGUGCAAAGUACUUCAACUUUAUUGCAUUGGCAGCACUCACUGCUAAAUUGACAAUCAUCGACGGUACACUCUUUCAAAAGGCCUUCUCUCAAGAAAUUUUGCCGCUGGAUCUGGGACCAAAUAAUAAUGUCACCGGAUAUGCGAACGAAACCAUUCCAAACACUGGAAGACUAUCUGGCGUGGAGGAUGAAACUGGGCUGCUAGCUAAGAAUUUCAAUGAUGCCCUCAAGAUCUGGUUUCAAGGUGGUGGCCAGCUGCCAAAUUCCUACAGCGGAUGCGAAGGAACUUGCUACUUGCAUGUUCCUGGCGCGGGCUUUGAAUUCGACUGUACCGAGCCAGAACAAGUAGCGAUCAAUGCGGGAACCCAGACGUUCAACGCAUAUACAGACCUUCUAAAUAUCACACAGAGGUACAACCUUACGGAUUUCGACAACCUGGACUGCUCAAUCCUCGGAAACCAAACAUUCGGACAGCUUGCUACUUCUAUAUGCCAGCGAGAACUCAACCUUCGCACUGCGCAGCUGUUCCAUGUUGGUUUCGUACCAGUGUUCAGCGGAACGAACACUUCAGCGGAUGCAUGGUCAUAUGUUGAAAUGACCAUAAACUACACCACUGCCACCGACCAACCAAAUGUCAAUGUUUCAUGUCCCGGAACAAGAUAUACGCAAAGCUGCAGACUUCGCCCUGCUGUCAUCGAAUACCCCGUCAAGAUCCAGAAUGCAAGUAACCUCGUCAAUGGCAUGUCACUGGCGGUAGAUGGCAGACACUACAACAAUCAGACCUUCCGAGAUUUCAACUACACCCUCAAGCAGCAGAACGGCUUUUCCGUCCAAUCCAUUUCCAACAUCUACGAGAACCCUCUUGGUGGUGAGCGUACACGACUCGGUGGCAUCGCGCAAGGCCUGCAAACAUAUCUCGGCGGCGAUGCAGUCAUGCACUACCACGGGGGAGGCUACCACCUCGAACAAUCGGGCAACGCCCCCACGUACCUCGCCAACGAUCUCGGUGUACAAACCGGCGGUCUAGAAAACUCUGCAAAUCUUUGUGGUUUCCAGUAUAUGGAUCCGAUGUCACAUAAUGAUUUCGGGGGCUGGGCUGGAAAAGACCCAUCCCAUCGAUUCGACGUGCCAGCUCUCGUGGGGAAGAUAAACCAAGUCAUGUUUGCUCUCGCGCUGGAUAUCUCGGACGAGGAUGAUGAUAAGAAUGUCACUGCUGGAACGCUCGUACGGCAGGCGUAUGUGUACCGAGAUGCUAUCCACUACAAGACGAACUUUGGGUUCAUGUGGGGAGCGUUGGCAUCUAUGCUCUUCUGCGUGCUCUGCGUGCUGCCUGUGUAUUACGGCUACUGGCAACUCGGUAGGCCAGUGACGCUGGGUCCGUUUGAGAUCGCGGCUGCGUUCAGAGCGCCGGAUUUACAUCACCCUAGCAAUGCACCGAUAGAGAAGGUGAUUAAGGAAGUGGGAGGUAGGAAGGUGAAGUAUGGAGAGGUUAUGGAUGGGAGUGACAAGGGGAAGAUAGCUGUUGCUGAUGCUGGACUGGUUGCGAGUGUAAGUGGCUCUGGGCGCGGGUCGAGGACGACAUGGAGGAGUUCUCAAGGUCCAAAGAGUCCAAUGAGUCCCAUGAGUCCGGGGGCAAGGCCAAUGUCUGAGUAGGAAAUUUUUCCUAGAGUUGAUCUCGUAGCCUAUUAACUCUUGUAUCCCGAAUCACAUGCUUUGAUGUGCUGUGGUCGACUCGCAUUUUGUACCCUCGGUAAUGACACCGCCUGAGAGUUUCGUAAAAGUCAGAUUGGAAGCAUUCUGGGGGACCCUUGGUCGCUGCUGAGACUUGACAUUCCAUAUCCAACUUGGAUGCCAAUGUCGUGUUACUCAUCAACUUUGGCUGAGCACAGCGCAUCGUAUGACGGCGGCAAUCGAAAGCCAGCAGGAAGCGUUUGUAAGAAGAAACGUGCUGCGUGAAGGUGAAAGCUGGAAUGAGUGCUUCUUGAUGACGCUCAGUGCUGUACUCGGAGUUGUAUACAGGACAAAUGUUCCUUCCAAAUGAGAAUCUGAACUCCAGAAUAAGAUGCACU